GGAGAAUAUUGAGAUCACACGUGAAGAGCUUAACAGAGGAAUUGAGGAGUUGUUUAAAGACCACGAGGGAAAACAUCAUCUGGUCCUACGACCUCUAAUAUUUGUCAAUGCCAAAGAUCAAGCCGACCCAGAAAUAGAAGUUCUAAAGAAAACAAUAACAGAACUUACAUUCGACCACCCAUGCUGGGGUGAAAGAAUGCCUAAUGCUUGUGUUCCACUAGAGCUAGAGAUCGCUGAACUAGUGGCAGAAGGAAAACAAAUAAUGUCAUUGGCUGAAGUUAAAAAAUUAAAUGCUAUCAGCGAGGUGUCUGUCCUGUCCCCUGAGCAGUUGACUGAUUUCCUACAUUUUCAUCAUUCCCUGGGGAAGAUUGUUUAUUUCGAUACCCCCCAGCUGAGAGAUAAUGUAAUGAUCAACCCUCUUCUUAUGGUGGAAGUUAUGAGAUCUUUUAUCACAGAUGUUGCAUUUUGGCCCAAAGAAAAUAAAAUAAGGAAAACCUUUCAAAAGAUGUCUGAAAAUGGAAUGAUACAAAAAGUAGACCUCUACCAGAUUUGGGAACAAGAAGAAUUCCGUCAGAUUUUACCAUUUAAAGAGUACAUAUUUGAUAUGCUAAUACAUCUAGAUAUCGUAUCCGAACAACGGAGAUAUGAUACAAAAACAGGAAGUCGUCUACCAAUAGAAAACUUCUUUGUACCCUGUAUGCUUACCCAAAGAAAUGAUACAGAUUUCUUGAAACAGGAAUGUACACCAGAGAGGACACUAAGUUUGGCCUUUGUUUUCAAAGGAACCAUCAUACCUCCAGCCUUACCAAACCGUCUAAUAUGUGCAUGUCUGAGUAUGUGGACAUUAAAAGAAUACCAAGGACGGAAACUUAUGUUUUCUGGGUUUGUUGGGUUAUCAGUUGAUAAAGAGCAUGAUAUUGUUGUUUGUGUAGAAGGUAACAAGAUCUUACUGUACCUAAUCCACAAACGCUCCAGUGGCCUGAUAGUACCUGAGAUAGCCACUAGUGUCAGAGAAUGUUUGCAUUUAACAUUGGAGAGGAUUUCAGAAUUUUAUCGGUCCACUGUCCACAAAAAAGUCCGCAGUCAACUACCAUUUCACACUGAGUAUUCCUGCUUAAGAUUUAUCUGUUACUUUCCAGAAGAAAGAUUAGCUUUGAAAACUGAUGAGUGUGUUUGUAAACAUGGUGACGACAUUACACUCAACUGGAAGGUUUGGAACCAGGAACAGAAACAAAAGCAGUGUGAUCUGGAUUGUACAGGUUUGAGUGAAGAUGCAUUAUCUCAGAUUCCAAGUAACACAGAGUUGCUUCGUUUGUCUGUUAAUUGUGACACACGCACGAUACAUGAUUUAGCUAUUCAUCUUGAAAUGGAAGAAACAGAAUGGAAUGAUAUGGUAGAGAAUUACCCAAGAAAUACACAAAUGGUCAAGUUUUUAACACUUAUUGAUUUGAGAGAGAACAAUGGAAUAUGUUUUGGAGAUUUGGCCAAAGGCUUAAGAGAAAUAAAAAUAACGACACAUAACUUAUGUAUGAUGAGGAGGAGAAAACAUGUGAUAUCUAGUAUUCAAGACGAUAUCUUAGAUUCAAUUCCUACAGAUGAACUAUUAGAUAACAUAUCAACAAAGAUUGGUAAAAUGGUCUUUCAACUAGGAAUAGAACUUGGAUUGUCCAUAGCAGAUUUAGAGAACAUAGACAAAUGUAAUUGUGACUUGACCGCCCAGAGUAAAGACGUUUUGUUUAGGUGGAGGGGAGACAGAUCAAUAAAACCUACAAUACGUGUCCUUGAAAAAGCUCUGGUUAAUAGUAGAAAAGGUGCACGGUGUUUAGAGGAAGUUGUAAAGAAUGUGGAUCCGAAAACACUUAGAGCAGUAGAAACUGUUACAGGAGCAAUUGCCAUCAACUUUUGA